AUAUCAUAAUUCAAGAUGAGACCUAACACUUAAAACCCUUCAAAAUUUCUCAGCCUCACUCUCUCUCUCUGCUCCUGACUCGACUCGCCGUCCGGUGGUUCUUCUCAGCUCAGCUCAGCUCAGCUCUGGCACUGCACCAUCUCCAUCUCCAUCUACCAAGCUUCAACCCCAUUUCAAGCUUUACGGAUAAUGAUACUAAAAAUCAAAUCUUGAGAGAAAGAUGCCUGCUUUAAUAUCACCACGCUUUCUGUUUUUUGGAGGCUCACUUCGUUUUCAAAAGCUCACCCAUUUUUCUAGGAAGACUUGGUUUCAUAGCAGUGUAGACAAGGGACCUCUCACUCUUGCUAGCUUUGAUAUUAAGAGUAAGAUUGAAACCACAGAACCAAGGGAAACAACUAAAUUGAAAGUUCCCAAAGGUAAGAAGAUUAUAAGAAGUAAUGUGAUUAAGCCAAAGAAGGUUGAAAAUGAGGCAGCACCAUUUGCAGCUCAGUCAUUUUCUGAGCUUGGAUUGCCUUCUACUUUGAUAGAGAGGUUAGAGACUGAGGGCUUUACAACUCCUACUGAUGUUCAAUCUUCAGCAAUUCCUGUUAUUCUCAAUGGUCAAGAUGUUGUUAUUCAAUCUUACACAGGUUCAGGGAAGACUCUUGCUUAUUUGCUUCCGAUUCUCACUAAUGUCGGUCCACUAAAGAAGGAUUGUUCUUCUGGUGGAUCAUAUAGAGAAUCUGGUGGGAAGAGAGCUGAGAUUGAAGCUCUCAUUGUGGCUCCUUCUAGGGAGUUGGGUAUGCAAAUUGUUAGGGAGGUUGAGAAAUUAUUAGGUCCGAAUGAUAAAAGAGCGGUUCAGCAGCUUGUUGGGGGUGCAAAUCGCUCUAGGCAGGAAGAAGCUCUUAAGAAAAAUAAACCUGUUAUUGUCGUUGGGACGCCUGGUCGGAUUGCUGAGAUUAGUGCUGCUGGGAAACUUCACACUCAUGAUUGUCGUUACUUGGUAUUAGAUGAAGUUGAUGAACUUCUUUCGUUCAACUUUCGUGAGCAUAUGCAUAGGAUAUUGGAACAUGUAGGUAGAAAAUCGAGUGCAGACCCUAGGAACCCGGUUGCCAAGAGAGUUGAGAGGCAGACCAUUUUGGUUUCAGCAACAGUUCCAUUUGCGGUUACAAGAGCAGCCAGGAGUUGGGGGAAUGAUCCACUUCUUGUCCAAGCCAAAAAAGUAGUACCACUUGAAUCAAUCCCACAAUCUGGGCCGGUCUUGUCUAAGAAGACCGAUACAAGUUCACCCUCAAAUCCUCAGACACAGCCAACAGUGGAGCUACCUCCCUCUUUGAAACACUACCAUUGUGUCACAAGAGUACAACACAAGGUUGAUACAUUGAGAAGAUGUGUUCAUGCCCUUGAUGCCAAGUCUGUCAUAGCCUUCAUGAACCACACAAGGCAGCUAAAAGAUGCAGUCUUUAAGCUCGAGGCUCGUGGAAUGGUGGCUGCAGAGCUACACGGCGAUCUGGGCAAGCUUGCUCGGUCAACCACUUUAAAGAAAUUCAAGAAAGGGGAGAUUAGAAUCCUUGUAACUAAUGAACUCUCAGCUAGAGGUUUGGAUGUGGCAGAAUGUGAUCUUGUUGUUAAUCUAGACUUACCUACAGACACAAUUCACUACGCUCACCGAGCUGGUCGUACUGGGCGGUUAGGUAGACCAGGCACAGUUGUGUCGCUGUGUGAGGAACGAGAAGUUUUCGUUGUGAAGAAGAUGCAAAAGCAGCUAGGUGUUCCUAUUCCUGCUUGUGAGUUUGUAGAAAGUAAGCUUGUUGUGACUGAAGAAGAGAAGAUUCCACAGCAGUUAGAAUGAUAUAGAAAAAGAAAGAUUAGUUUUUUUACAUGGUAUUAAAAUUUUUGAAGUAUCAAGAACUGUUUGUGUUUAUUUUUGUACAUUUAUUUCAUCCUUAUUUUCAAAUGCAGAAACUAGUGUCAAAGAUAUAUGUACAUUGAUAAGAAAGGUUUGUGUUUCAUAUAUAUGUAUGAAAGAAGAAGGUUGAGGAAAAA